GCCCGGCGAGUCCCGGCCCAGUCGCGAUCAACGGGAUCCCCGGGGUCUGCAGGCCUUUGCAGCGAGUACGGUCUCUCCGCACCUCCGCCGCCUGCUGCCCAGAAAUGAAUCAGCACAGACAUGUGGAUGACAAGAGGUCAUGGGUCAUGAACUUCUCUCUCUCUCUGUCUCUCUCUUUUUCAUGGUGGUUUCUGUUGAGGAAAAGAGGGAAGUUCUUCACCCUGCUUGGAUUCUACCUUUAACCCUUGGGAGUGUUCUCUAACACAUCCAAAAUACCAUCCAGACUCAAGAAACCAAGGUCCAAAACCAGGUCAAGAUGGGAUUUAUAUUUUCAAAAUCCAUGAGUGAAAACAUGAAAAACCAACAGGAGUUUAUGCUUAUGAAUGCUCGACUCCAGCUGGAAAGGCAGCUAAUGAUGCAGAAUGAAAUGAGAGAAAGACAAAUGGCCUUGCAGAUUGCUUGGUCUCGGGAAUUCCUUAAAUAUUUUGGAACUUUUUUUGGCAUUGCAGCCAUCUCUUUAACAGCUGGAGCAAUAAGAAGGAAGAAGCCAGCCUUCCUCUUCCCUAUUAUUCCAUUAAGCUUCGUCUUCACCUACCAGUAUGACUUAGGAUAUGGAACCCUUCUACAAAGAAUGAAAGAAGUCCUGCCAUCCUCCAUCAUCCAUACGAAAACCUUAAAUACAAUGGUGGAACACAUUCCUAACUUGUCACAGGAGCUGAAGGCAGCACUGUCUGACAGGCAGCCACCAAUAAGAGAGCUACGACUUGACAUGGAAAGUUCAAAUCUUAAUUUGGAAGAAUUGAAGAAAGCUGUUCUUAGUGGACAAAAUGAAGCUGAAGACAAACAUCUUUCGGAAUUAGAAAACUCAGGCUUAGAUAAACAUUCCCGAAAAAAGAGACAGCCCUAUGUACACUUAAGUGAUAAGUGUUGUAAUGUAGGUUGUACCAGAAAAGAGCUUGCUGCACUAUGCUGAGAUGAAAGUAUUGUGUAUUUCAUCUAGUAUUUACACGAUUCUUGAUGACACAUUCAGUGAUGCCUCUGUCACCCCACUGAUUAUUAAAAUAUGAGAAAUAAUCACUUAAUGUUUGGGCUUUUCAUUUGGUGUGUAACAAAAUAUUCCUCACCUUAUUAUAGUUUCUGCUAAUAAUACUUUUUAUUCCAAAAAAUAGUUUUGCCUUAUUAAUGGUAUAAUUGCUAUUACAUUUUUAAUGUUGUUAACUUAAAGUGACAGUCUUUAUCAUUGUGACUACACACAAUAACUCAAAAAAAUUUGAUAGCUUAGUAAAACAUUUUGCUUUGCACCAGUGAGAAAGGAUAAGUCUAUCUUUAAAAUUUGUAUUUGAUAAAUUAUAACCUGUCACCCGCUCUUUUUCAUCCAGACCGAAUGCCCAAAUGUUCUUUCACUACUUAAUAUUAAACACAUUAAUAGCAAGAGAUAAAAAUAAAAAAUAACUUACAUAAUGCCUAACACCAGGUACACAAAAUGGAUCAAAAUGUUUUUAUUGUUCAUACUGGAUAUAUCAAAAGUCACAAAACUUG